UUCUUUCCAUUUGCCCUCAAAAAACAUGGCGGAACUGACCCUAAACCAGGUACUCACUGAGACCCCUUUUUACGGUUUGUGUAAACAGAGGGGCGUGGCCUGCACUGACAGCCGGUGACGUAGGUCACCUGGAAAGCGGAGACUGAGAGAACGGCUACCAGGAAACACCGGGGAUUUGCGGCCUAGUACUGCGGAACUUGGCACAGAUAUCCUGACCUGAUGGUUCGGUCCGUCCCUACCUGGAAUCAUCCAUUCGUUUCAUGGGACACAAUCUUCCUAGGAGGCCAUUGGCUGCACACACUACAGAUCAGUGUCUUGGCGCCGUGUCGCCUGGCUGCCGAUCCUGCACUCCUCUUGUUUCCUUACCUUUGCAGUGGGAGUGGGGAUGAUGAAGAGAUGAGAGCUGUCACUUACUGUGAGCCGUGAGCUUUGUAAUCUGUUUGCUCCCUGUUCGCUCGUAAAAGGAGAGCACACCUGCAAAUAUCCUGUAUUCUGCUAGUUACGUGUACGCUUAUAACAUGUACAGGCUUGAAGAAAUCGCUAACGUGGUUCUCCGCGUCCCUAGUAUAGUGAUUCUGGAUUUGCUGUACCGCUGGGACAUCCAGGAGUUCACAGAACUAAACCGCCAAUCAUACCUGUCCGGAUUUCUCAGGUCAAAUUACCUGUGGAAUGUGUAUUAUUUGGCUCACGUACUAUGUGCUGUGCUGCUGGUGCUUCCCCUGCGUUACCUGGUAAAUAUCUAUCUGCAUCUGCUCACACUAUUGCUGUUGUAUGUGGCUCAUCAGACAACCAGAGAUUACAUUCGCCAAGAGAUGGACCUUGACUCUCCUGGAUCUGUGUUUGAGGACCCUAUAACCUUGAGACGCACUGUAACCACCCUGACAGGCCUGGUGAUAGUGAGUACGCUCUGCUCGCUUCUCAUGAAGACCCGCCAUGUCUGGCUCUUUGCCUUCCCCAUGCUACCUGUGAUAUCUCGGACAUGUUGCCUCCCCCUCCACGUUCUUCCUCUCGUCAACACAGUCUCCAUCGCCGUGACACUGCUAGAGUUUGUCUACGUCAUGGUUUCCAACCUGGGUGUUCUUCUCGGACUGAUCAAGAAGGCGUAUCAGGAGGUGGUGCAGGUGCUGGAAGUUUACAGGUUGGUAGCACUGGGCAUGUCCCUUUGGAGCCAGCUGUCUGUCCCUAUUCUCUUCCUGGUCUUCUGGGUGGUGCUGUUCACUCUGCAGGUUUACUCCUUCUUGUCUGCAAAGUCUGGAGUGGGACAACAAGGUCUGCUCUUCAUCUUCCUGAAUAGUGUUGCCGAGUGCUGUGGGACGCCCUAUUCUCUCAUAGGCCUGACAUUUACCGUUUCGUAUUUGGCGCUGGGAAUACUCAAUCUCUGCAAAUUCUACCUGCUGGGAUACGGAGCCUUUCAGAAUGGGAACGUCAUGCACAGGGGUGUGACAGAAGGCGUGACCCUGAUGCUAUUGGCCUUGCAGACAGAACUUCUGGACCUACAGGUUCUGCAAAGAACUUUCCUCCUCCUCAUCAUCCUCUUCAUUGUGGUGACAUCUACACUGCAGUCAAUGAUCGAGAUUGCUGACCCUAUUGUAUUGGCCCUGGGGGCCACAAGAAACAGGAGUCCCUGGAAACAUUUUCGUGGCAUCAGCAUGUGUCUCUUCCUCUUGGUCUUCCCGUGUUACAUGGCGUACAAGAUAUCACAGUUCUUCCAUAUGGAUUUCUGGCUGCUGAUCCUGGUGUCGAGCUGCAUGCUCACUUCCCUGCAGGUUCUGGGCACCCUGUUCAUUUACACUCUAUUCAUGAUAGAGUUUUUCAAGGAUAACAUAGUGGAGAAGAUGGAUGAAAUCAUCUAUUACGUUAACGCUGUCAGCCGCGUUCUUGAGUUCCUGGUAGCCAUCUGUGUGGUGGGUUAUGGGACCUGGGAGUCCAUCUUUGGCGAGUGGAGCUGGAUGGGAGCUUCUGUCAUCAUCGUCCAUUCUUAUUUUAAUGUCUGGCUGAGAGCUCAGUCGGGCUGGAAAAGCUUCCUGCUGAGGAGAGAGGCAGCAAAGAAAAUCAGCCGCUUGCCCCUGGCUACCAAGGAACAGCUGCAGGACCAUAACGAUGUGUGCUCGAUCUGUUUUCAGGACAUGCCUGUCGCUGUGAUGACACCGUGCAGCCAUUUCUUUCACGGGGACUGUCUUCGCAAGUGGUUCUAUAUUCAGGAUACCUGCCCCAUGUGUCAGCAGGAGGUGAAGGCCCCAACAUGUGAACAAGGCACGCAGGCAGACAGCGAGUGGGAGGAAGAUGAUAACGAGGAGGUUCAAUCUGAGAAGGCUCCUAAUGAAGCUCAGGGGACUGAAACAAAUCAUAUUGAACCUACAGAGAUAAUAGCAGAAGAUGGUGAAGCUGAAAACAGCCGGGAAGCACAAGAGAAGAUGCUGGACACCACGGACUCAGAGAGCCAAACACAUAAGGAUCUGACAAAGGAGGCGCAGGAAACAGAUAAUCAUCAACACAUUGAGAACAAGCAAGAGGCUGAUGCAGAACAGUUUAGGGAAAAUACAACACAACUGGGAACUCAUGACCAAGCAAAACCGGUUGUAGGGACGGUGAAUUGCGCUACAGAGAGACCUGGUGCAGGACACAAGGUUUCAGGAUUGAGAAGACUAACAGGAGAGAGGAACAGCAGAGACUGCUAGAGGCAAGACACAAAGAGAUUGGCUCUAUCAGACACACAAGGCUGUAUGUUCCUGUAUGCGAACUGGCUGUUGUAAAGCACAGGCAAGUGCCUGGUAACAUGAAGGAGACUACAGUAUAAUAUAAUGAAGAUAAGAGAUGCUAUAUUUUAUUUUUAGUAAGAAUUAAAUCGGCUCAGGUGUUAGAGGGAAUUAGUAAAUACAAAGCUGUAUUACAUACAACAGUAUUGUGUAACCCUGAUGACAGCCAUCUACUCAGUAUUGUGACAUACAGGAGGCUGCACAAACGGAACCCACUAUGCACAGCAAGUCGUUAGCUCCAAGGCUGAUGGGUAGAUUGACCCCAUGGCCACACAGCGUGGAGAGAACAUUAAGCGACUUACGGCAGCCAUUGGCCUUGCUAAUGUGGAAUGGUCUAUAAAGUCACUGUGCUGGGUGCUGAGCAGGACAGGUUGUUGUUGUUAAACCAAGGACGGUACAAAUACUGACAAGUGACCUUACUCUGUCUGCAGAAAGCCUUGCAGGCGGGGAUGACAGACUUGCGUAUAAGCCUUUUGCCUUUCUAUCAUGUGACCUCAUUUUGUUUUACUUAUUAUUAUGCACAAGAAAACAAAAGCACUAUAUAAAUAAAGACUCCAGAUUUACCGCCACUCUCAGUGUUUACAUUGUGUCUAAACCAGCUUGGGGUAUCUUGUGAUCCUGACCAAGCAUUAAAAUAAGUUAUUAAAGCUCAGGUAAAACCAA